AUGAGCGCGGUGGUGAAUCAGAAUCAUAACGUUUUUGUUUAUGGAACUCUCCUUGCCGAUGAGGUUGUCCGUACUGUCAUAAACCGAGUACCUCAAUCUGCUCCCGCCACCCUCUCCGACUACCACCGAUUUAAGAUCAAAGAUCGCGUAUAUCCCGCUAUCCUCCCCGUCCAGACCAAGAAAGUCACCGGAAGAGUCCUUCUUGGCAUCUCAGGAGCAGAACUCCAUGUUUUAGAUGAAUUCGAAGAUGUUGAGUACAAUAGAACUGAGGUUGAAGUUCUCUUAACGGACAAUUCUGAAAAGCUACAAACUUAUGCAUAUGUUUGGGCCAAUCCAAAUGAUCCUGAUUUGUAUUCCGAGUGGGAUUUUGAGGAAUGGAAAAAAACUCAAAUGAAUGAUUUCGUCAAGAUGACAGAUGAAUUCAUACAACAGUUGGAAUUGCCAGAAACAAAGCCAAGGGUUCAGACUUAUGAAACCUUCUAUAAGCAAGACAACGAUAAGCCACUUCACCCUUGA